AUGGGCAGGCAGAGCCGCCGCGCCAGGAGGCUCCGGAGCGGCCAAGACGUGGCCCACCUGAAGCGCAAGCGGAAAGGCCAGCAGCAGGCCGAGCGGCCGGCGGGUGAUGCCGGCGCGGCGCGGCCUCGCCUCGCCUGGGCCGGCCAUGGUAAGAGCCAUCGCGGCGGCGCAGCACCAUGCCCUGCCCGGCGGGAGCCCUUAGCAGCCCGGCGGCGGGAGGCUGGGGGCAUCCGCGCGGGGGCCGGCGGUGGAGGCGGCGGCGGCGGCGGCGGGCCAGGCUCGGCCUGGGCCUCGUCGCCGGCCGCCAGGCGAGCGAUGCCGCUGCUGCCCCUGCCCGCGCCCCCAUGCCGGCCAGGCGGCGGCGGCGGCGGCGGCGGAGGUGACGCCGCCGCCGCCGGGAGAAGCCGCCGCCGCCGCCGCGCCCCCCCGAGCCAGCCCGACAAGCCGUGCGCCGACUCGGCGCGGGCCCAGAAAUGGCGCCUGUCGCUGGCCUCGCUGCUCUUCUUCAGCGCGCUGCUCUCCGACCAUCUGUGGCUGUGCGCCGCCGCCGGGGCCCGGCUCCGGCCCAAGGCGAGGAGCGCCGCCGUGCCGGCGCCCUGGCACGCCGAGGCCUUGGACGCCGCCGACGCCGACGCCGCCGGGACGCCCAACGGGAGCGCGCCGGCCCAGCGCCACUGCCCCGACCUGAGCGCCGCUUGCACCACGCGGCGCCUCCUGCAAGGCCCGCCGGCCGCCUUCCCCGCCGUGCCUCGCAGGCCGCCCCCCGCCGCCGCCGCCGCCGCCUCGCCCCAGCUGGCCUUCCUGGAGCAGCACUUUCGGAACUUCAGCCUCUCCUUUUGUGAGGCUUACACGGUCUGGGACCUGCUGCUGGGCAUGGCCGGCCCGGAGAGCUUGGACUGCAGCCUCCAGAACCUCCUGGUGGACUUCUUCGCCGCUGCGGCCGGGGCCCAGCAAGGGGAGGCCUGUAGCAGCUGCCUGGAGGCCUAUCAGAGGUUGGACCAACACGCUCAGGAAAAAUAUGAGGAGUUCGACCUCUUGCUGGAGAAAUACUUGCAAGCCGAAGACUACUCCGUGCGCUCCUGCAUAAGAGACUGCAAGGCUGUCUACAAGGCUUGGCUGUGCUCUGAGUAUUUCAAUGUGACACAACUACAGUGCCAACGCCGGAUUCCAUGCAAGCAAUACUGCCUGGAGGUGCAGACGAGGUGCCCCUUUGUGUUGCCUGACAACGAUGAACUGAUCUAUGGAGGGUUGCCCGGCUUCAUCUGUACGGGACUGCUAGAGAACCAAUUGCCCAACCAGGAAGCCAAGUGUUGCGACGUGCAGUGGGACUCCUGCGAUCACCAACCAGACAGCAACUCCAAUGCAUCCACCAAAUCCACGGAAUCAGAGUCAUUCCAUAGCCAACGCCAUGACAGCCCCCGUCACCAGCAACAGCAGCAGCAGCAGCACUACCACCACCACCACCACUAUAACCUCUACUACCAUCACCACCAGUACCCCCACCCCCACCCAUCCUUGCUGCCAGUCUCCGCAGGGUCUCGUCUCAGCAACAGCAAAAUCAGACUCUGUGUCCUGGUCCUUAUGCUUCUGCACACCAUGGUGUCCUUCUCAAGCGUGCACAGCAGUGGGGCUGCCGCUGCCAGUGGGGGGAUGAGCUUGGAGGCCCUGCCAACCGUGGAGGAGAACAUGGCAAGAGACGAGUGACCCAGCGGGGAAAGGAAACCUGCAGGCAGGAGGCCUGCUCUUUCCCCAUCAAGGCGGGG